AUGCUCUUCGGCUUCGGCAACAUCCUUCUCGCAGCGCUGCUGCUAGUAAACGCCGUCGCUAUUCUCAACGAGGAGCGUUUCCUUGCGCGGACCAACUCCGGGUUCGGGAACGUACCCGAUCCCACAUAUGACGGCGCCUACGGCGGUAACCCGGACGGCGUGAGCUUCAAGACCAAGGUCGUGAAUCUUAUCGGGGCAGUGCGGACAUUGAUGCGACUGCCGCUCAUAGUCAUCAAUGUUGUGGUGAUUCUCUUCCUCCUCAUUGCGGGAUAG